CCUGCCUUGUGCCGGAGUUACACCGUACGCAGAGUAGCCUCCAUAGACCCGCCUUUGCUAUACGCGUAUGCACAGACCAAUUGACAGACUUGCAGACUAUCUAAGAAUAAACCCCCUUCAAAAGCCAUCAGAUCUUGCUAUGGCUGUUGCCUCCCAGAAAUCCAUGUUAGCUCAUCAUGGCAAGAGUUAUAAGAGCGGAGACUCAGGCCUGUCCUGUACAAUUACUUCUCAAGGCAGACCGCACCAAUUGACCGUGGUUAAUCAUUGUUCACUCCCUUUCAUAUACACCUUUAACUCUGACCUAUUUCGACGGAAUUUGAGGGAGAUAUAAUCUGUUUCACAAUGCCCGAGUUGCAAACAUACAAAGGCUUCUACCUCUGGCAAUAUGUGCCCUCGAGGGCGGCCGCGGUUAUCUUCAUCAUACUCUUUCUCGCAGCAACAGCAUUCCAUGUCUGGAGAAUAUGGAAACUGAAAACUCGGUUCUGUAUCUGUUUUGCCCUUGGUGGUUUUUGUAGGUCGAAUGUUCGCCAGCUGGAUGGUGGCAUAGCUGACCGAUCCAGUCGAAUUCAUAGGUUACUGCGCCAGAGCUUCCGCCUAUGACAAGACAGGGAAAAUGAUGCCGUACUGCAUUCAAAACGUGUUCAUCCUGCUCGGACCCGCCCUCUUCGCCGCUUCGGUCUACAUGGUGCUGGGUCGAAUCAUCACUGCAGUCGGGGGGGAGCACCAUUCGCUGAUUCGUGUCAACUGGCUCACCAAGAUCUUUGUCCUCGGUGACGUCCUAUCCUUCUUGGUUCAGGGAGGAGCCGCGGGUAUGAUGGUGAGUAGCGAUCUGGCGGACAUGGGCAAGAACAUUGUCAUCGCCGGUCUCCUCAUCCAGGUGAUCAUGUUCGGCCUGUUCAUCGUCACCGCGAUCUGCUUCCAGACGCGCAUGCAUAAAAGGCCCACGGCCGGGGCCUUCAACGCUGAGCUACCCUGGAAGUCUCACCUCUAUACGCUCUAUAUGAUCAGUCUGCUCAUCAUGGUCCGAUCGAUCUUUCGUGUGGCGGAGUUUGCCAUGGGUUAUGAGGGGUAUUUGUUGAGUCAUGAGUGGACUCUUUAUGUUUUCGAUGCGCUUCUGAUGUGGAUCGUUAUGGUUUUAUUCGGAUAUCGCUAUCCUGGUGAGCUUCAGGGUUAUUUGCAUCACCCGGAGGUUGUUGGUCUAUGCGAUGUACAGUCAAAGGCUUAGUUCUUGUCAGCGAAUUGCUGGGUUGUUUUUUGUGCAAUUAGAAGGUUAGUUUUGUUUUGUUUUGGGCUACGCUCUGAGAAUGUAGACAGCAAUGAGUACAUCAAUUGGAUCACGAAUAGUGUCG